UGCUUCCGCCCCGGCUGUCCCGUCCACUCUGGUGGGGUGGCGUGGUCGGCAUGGCGGCGCGAGGAGACUGCGGCGGGCAGCCGGCGGCCUGCGGGUACGACAGCUACCGCUCGCCGCUCGCCUCCCGCUACGCCAGCCCGGAGAUGUGCUUCGUGUUUAGCGACAAGUACAAGUUCCGGACCUGGCGGCAGCUCUGGCUGUGGCUGGCGGAAGCCGAGCAGACAUUGGGUUUGCCUAUCACAGAUGAACAAAUCCAGGAGAUGAAAUCAAACCUAGACAACAUCGACUUCAAGAUGGCAGCUGAGGAAGAGAAAAAAUUACGACAUGAUGUGAUGGCUCAUGUGCACACGUUUGGCCACUGCUGUCCCAAAGCCGCCGGCAUUAUACAUCUUGGGGCCACCUCCUGCUAUGUUGGAGACAAUACAGACCUGAUUAUUCUUAGAAAUGCAUUUGACCUGCUUUUGCCAAAGCUUGCCAGAGUGAUCUCUCGGCUUGCUGACUUUGCUAAGGAACGAGCUGAUCUUCCCACCUUAGGUUUCACACAUUUCCAGCCUGCUCAGCUGACCACAGUUGGGAAACGUUGCUGUCUUUGGAUUCAAGAUCUUUGCAUGGAUCUUCAGAAUUUGAAGCGUGUCCGAGAUGACCUGCGCUUCCGAGGAGUGAAAGGCACCACUGGCACUCAGGCCAGCUUCCUGCAGCUCUUCGAGGGAGACGACCAGAAGGUAGAGCAGCUUGACAAGUUGGUGACAGAAAAGGCAGGAUUUAAGAGAGCUUUCAUCAUCACAGGACAGACCUAUACCCGAAAAGUGGAUAUUGAGGUGCUGUCUGUGCUGGCUAGCUUGGGGGCUUCGGUGCACAAGACCUGCACCGACAUACGGCUCCUGGCAAACCUCAAGGAGGUGGAGGAACCCUUUGAAAAACAACAGAUUGGCUCCAGUGCGAUGCCAUACAAGCGGAACCCGAUGCGCUCAGAGCGGUGUUGCAGCCUUGCCCGUCACCUCAUGACCCUGAUCAUGGACCCGCUGCAGACGGCAUCUGUGCAAUGGUUUGAACGCACGCUGGAUGAUAGUGCCAAUCGACGUAUCUGUUUGGCCGAGGCAUUUCUCACUGCAGAUACUAUAUUGAAUACAUUGCAGAACGUUUCUGAAGGACUGGUGGUGUACCCCAAAGUAAUUGAGCGGCGCAUUCGGCAAGAGCUCCCUUUCAUGGCCACAGAGAACAUCAUCAUGGCCAUGGUGAAAGCUGGGGGUAACCGCCAGGAUUGCCAUGAGAAAAUUAGAGUGCUCUCCCAGCAGGCAGCUGCUGUGGUCAAGCAGGAAGGAGGUGACAAUGACCUCAUAGAGCGAAUCCUCGCUGAUGCUUACUUCAGUCCCAUUCACUCCCAGUUGGACCGUUUACUGGAUCCUUCUUCUUUCACUGGGCGUGCAUCCCAACAGGUACGGAGAUUCUUAGAAGAGGAGGUUUAUCCCCUGUUAAAACCAUAUGAACAUGUAAUGAAGGUGAAAGCAGAAUUAUGUCUGUAGAGUUGGAAGAGAAUUAAACAAAAAGUCAUUGUUAGCUGUGUUAACUUUAGUGCUUUAUUUUACCUCAAAAAUUGUUACCUUAAGUUAAUAUAGCACUUUUUUCUUUCUGUGGCACUGUCACAUUUCUCAAGGUUUACAAUGCAGAAGUAAAUUACCUUGUAGUUGGACUCUGUUUUGUUUUUUUUUUUUACAGCAAAACAGACUUACGUAAUAAAUGUAGCUCACAGUUUGCCCUCUG